GUGAUGAGCUCACUGUCAGCGACGCAAUCACCGCCUGACCGCAACUGCCGCAUCACGUAGGCGACGUGAAGAUGCAGGCACGGCAGAGGCUGUUGCAUCUCCUGCAUGAUGGCUGCUGGACUGUCGUCUAGUGCUCUACUGUCUCACACCCGCCACCCCUCCUCCACCCAAUCCUCCGCUUCCUCCGCUUCCGCCGCCUCUUGCGCCCCCGUUCACCUCCGCCAUGGCGUCUCCUCAGUUAUCGCGCCUGCCCCCACAUCCUCCUUCUUCCGCCUCCCCGCAUCCUUCCGCCUCUCCUCCGCCCGCCUGCUCGCGCUGCUCGCCCUCGCGGGCUGCUGCCUCGCGCUGCUUGCGCUCUCCGCGCUCCUCGCGGGCUCAGCCUUCCGCCCCCCCGCACCGCAGCCGCGGGCUGGGGAGAACGCAAAUGGGGAGGCGGCGGGGUUUGGAGAGGAUUUGAAGGAUGGUAGAGGCGCGGGAGAGGGAGAAGGAAUGAGAGGAGGCGUGGGAGGAUGGAAAAACAUCAGCAACGGUGGAGCGUUAAGAACGGUGCUAGGUGGUGCAGACUUAGGAAGGAGCGCGGAAGGUGCGGAGGCCGCGGGAGGAGGCGGUGGAGGGGGAGGGUGCGAGGGGGGAUGUGCGGGGACAUGCAACCUGGCAGUGAAGCAGUGUUGGUGCCCCCACGCAUGGCGUGGCCCACACUGUGACCGUCCUGCUCUGCCUCUCUGCACGCCUCUCUCCCCCCCAACCUCCCCCUCCCCCCUGCCUCUGCAGCCUUCCCCCUCCCCCUCCCGCCCGCCUCCCUCCUGCUCCUCCCGCGCCCUCACCUGCUCCUGUGCGCGCCAGUGCCUCGCCCUCGGCCUGCCCACGGCGCCCCUCUGCUACCAGGAGGGGCAGGGUGGGGGAGAGCAGGGGGAGGCGGGCGGUGAGGGCGGCAGGGGCGGAGAGGAGAGGGCGGUGAAUGCGAGUGCUGCUUGGGAAAGGGUGUAUUCGGGUCAGGUGUUUGCUAUUGCUGGUGGGGGCGAGGUGGAGGGUAGGGGAGAGGGAGAGGAGGUGGGGGAGGUGCCGCAGAUAGGACCAGACGGGUGGGGGGCGGGUGGAGCAGAGGGGGGGAGACCAGAGCCGAGGGAGCAGACUGAGGCAUUUAGAGUGGUGGAGAUUGGUGGCGAGGAGUGGGAGGAGAGUGAGAGGGUGAGGUGGAGGCCGCUUCCCCCCUGGGAGUGCAGCAGAAACUGCAGCGGCCGUGGCACGUGCCAUGUGGGCAACACCUGCAGCUGUCCGCCGGCGUUUUCUGGUCGUUGGUGCGAGUGGCCAGCGCACCUCAUCGGUAAUCUCACCGGGCUGUGCUACAACAACUGCAGCGGGGCGGCGCACAGGGGCCGCUGUGUGGAGGGCGUGUGUGUGUGCGAGCAAGGGGCGUUCGGUGCUGACUGCUCACUGGAGAUAAAUGCAGAGGGACGGGUGAGCCUGGCUCAGUCAGAACCCAGCACGCGCAAGGAAGAGGACCAGAAGCGGCAGGAGGGGCAGCAGGGGGGAACGCAGGAGGAGGGGGAGUCUCAAGGCAGCAAUGUGAGUGGGGGGGUGCGGCCGCGCAUGUACAUCUACGAGCUGCCGCCGGUGUUCCACCAGUGGCUCAUCCACCACACCGCCCCCUCCGCCUUCCACCGCCCGGAGCCCCUUCUCUUCCUCGAGAGGCUGCUCGCCAGCCCCUACCGCACUGCCAACGGGUCUGAGGCGGACUUCUACUUCGUGCCGCUGCUGCUGCACGCAUACGGCGACCGUGCUCUCGCUUACCUCCAGAGAGCCAUUGCCUACAUCCGAGCCACGUGGCCCUUCUGGGACGAGAGGGGUGGUUCAGGCAAGGGCCACAUUCUCUUCGCCAUGGCGCCCCUCGGCGCCUGCCACUUCGCCCCCUCUCACCCGUCCUCCUCCUCCUCCCCCCCUCUCACUCCCCCCGGCAUGCGCCCCCCUCUGCUGCGAGAUGCCAUCACGCUCACCCCCUUCACUCUCCCUCGGAAUCUCUUCGCCGGCCGUGCCCACCCCUGCUUCAUCCCACUACAGGACAUCGCCGUGCCGCCCAUGCCGCCCCUCCCGCUGCUGCGCGCCGCCCUGCGACGCCUGCUGGCCUUCUCUGCUGCCAACCUGGCAGAUGGGGCUGAGAGCAACAGAGCUGAGGGGCCUGGGCGGCACAGUGGGGAAGGGGAAGGGCGCAGGGACGUGCGGCGAGUGGAAGAGGAGGAGGGGGGAAGAGGGGUGGAGGGAGAGGGAGACGGUGGCGGUGUGGAUGAAGGGCGGGUCUGUGAGGGCUGUCUGGUGCCGUUUGAUCCUGGCUUUGGCGUGCUUGCAUCACUGAAGCGCCUCAUUGCUGCCUCCCACACCGCUGCUGCUGGCAAUAACACUACUGGCGCUGCAGCAUGCAACCACAGCACCAACAGCACCAGCAACAGCACAGACCACCCCCCACACACCGAUCCAUUCGCCCCCAGUUCCCACCCGCCCUGGCUGCACCUCCCCCCAACAGCGCCCCUGGGCCCUGAUGACCCAUUAGAGGCGCACCACUUGCAGCACAGCCGCUUCUGCCUCGCCCCUCUGCUCGCUCACGGCUGGUCCCCUGCUGCUCUGCACGCCCUGCUGCUGGGCUGCAUCCCCCUGCUGCUUCACAACCUCUCCUCCCACUCCUCCCACUCCUCCCACUCCUCCCCGCCCCUCCACCCCCACCCGCUUCACUGGCCGCGCUUCUCCCUCCACGAUCCCCUCUCGCACCUCUCCUCUCUCCCCCGCACCCUACGCUCCCUCCCCCGCGCCCGUGUGCAAGCCCUGCAGGCAGAGGGGUUUAAGGCAGCGGUGCGGCUGCUGUAUGAGUCGCCGUCCUUCGACCCCUGGGAGGGCGUGCUGCCGAGCAUGCUGAGUCAGCAGCCAUGCCACGUCAGCAAUGGUACCAGCAGGGAGGGAGGGGAUUGUGGUAACGGAGGGACAGUGAAUGGCGGGCAGGGUGACGGGCAGUAUCUGAACGUUUCGCUGCCCGGGGAGUGGCUGGUGGAGGCUGAGAGGAGGCUCAGAAGGGCCACUCGGCGCCUUGGGGUGUUUGAGUCUGUUAUGGGCGUUCUGCGAGGGAGAGUGGUGCGGGCUCAACAAGAGGCACAAGGGGGGGGGGAAAGAGGGAGGAAGAAUCUGAUGGGCAGUGGAAAAGAGACAGCAAGGGAGGAAGGGGGCGAUGAUGGGGCGUGGCAGGCUGGUUUGGAUGGUGACGAAGUGGAGGAGGAGGCGGCGGCAGUGUUGAGGGAAGCAGGACUGGAGGCAGAAGAGGAAGGGUCGGCAGUGGAGGCAGGGGGGUUGGGGGAAGAAGAAGGUGGGUGUGGGGAGGAACGGAGUGCUCUGAUUGCUGGUGGCGGGGAGGACAGCGGCUCGAUGGAGGGAAGCACAGGCAGAGGCAGCACGAGUGAGAGCACAGUGGUGUCAGAUACUGGCAGUGGGAUGGAUGUGGCGGAUGGUGACAGGAGAGGGGGUGUGGGGAGUGCUGGCAGCAAGGGUCGCAGGUGCUCCGAGGGGUGCCGCUUCACGUGCAAUCAGGAGCUGGGCCGCUGCGACUGCCCUCCUGACUGGGAGGGACCAGCCUGUGACACCCCAUCAAUGCCAGCCUGCCGGCUGCCCCCUCUCUCCCUCUUGCAGCCCUGUGCGCUCCCCACCACGUGUCGCUGCGCCCUGGACUGCAACCGCCUUGCCUUCCACCACGCCUUCCACUGCCUGCCCGAGAUCCACCCCAACGGCACCCUCAAGCGCUCUCCCACUGAAAUCUUCGAAGACGGGCAGCGCGCUGCGCUGAAAGAUUAUUUCAUGCUGCCCGAGGAAGCUGCCCGGGUGGAGCAGGAGCGGGGGUACAAGGAGGUUUUGGCAUUCUUGGCGCCUGGUGAUGCUUCUGGGGUGUGGGCGGACGUUGCUGCUCCCACCCGCUGCAAACACGGGUGCUCGGGACGCGGGGUCUGCCACGGCAAUGGGUCGCACUGCGAUUAUGGGAGAUGGCAAUGAUGCUCAUGGCAAUGGUGCUCAUGGCAAUGAUGCUCAUGGCAAUGAUGCUCAUGGCACUGAUGCUCAUGGCAAUGAUUCUCAUGGCAAUGAAUGGUGCUUAUGACA